AAAAAAAACAGAAUUGUCAAUACAACAACGACAAGUAGUGAGUGUUAAACAGAGUAGUCCACAGAGAUUAUCAUAUUCAAAGAGAAACCCUAAACCCUAAUUUCUCCAGAGAAGAAUGCGGAAGAAAUGAGAGCUAGUGUGGGUGAGAUUAAACCCUUCAGAUUCAUGGAUUCCGGGUCGGAUCCUUGAUCAAUCCGAACCGUUUGGAAUCCUGGUUUCCUUCUUCGACCUAAUGGAACCACGCUACGUUCCAAAACCCUGUCUCCGAAGCUUCGAGCGCGAUUUCGAAACAUUGGUUGCAGAUUCAUGGAGGUUCCGCCACUUGGUGAACAGAGCUCUGCAAACGCACUUCUGGAAUGUCUCCUUUGGGCUAUGGUGUUCUUGCCAGCAGCCGAUCGAUUCGCCCGGAUACUCUCUCCCUUGCUCUCUUCCUCUUAGUUCCGAUUCGGCUCUGAGUUUUGUUCGAGAGAUGGCAGUUUCGCAGCAGAGGGUGCCUCUUCGGAGAUUAGCUGAGACCAACAGUUCCACCGCUCAUAUCCUUAGUUUUAGGCGUUUUGCUGUUGAUUUUAAUAGCUCCGAAUCUCUCUAUGAAGAAAGUGCAAAGCUAAUGGAUCGUGUAGAGGAACCAGAUUGGUAUCUCCAUCCCUCCAACAAGAUCAACCUGGUUCCUCCUAUGUUUCACGAGACAACACCAGACCUGGUCCCUUGUUCUUCUUCUGAGCAGCCUGUUGAUAAGUUAGUUCAGAUUUGCACAUUCAAAUUGAGAAACCCUCUAAACAACUCUGAUUCAAGCAUUAUGAAAGCUUGUGAAACCACAUCUGACCAUGAGGAUGCAGACAGAAGCAGACGCUGUCACUGGGAUCAGAGUAUUUGCUUACUGAAUUCAGAAUAUCCUAUAAUAGAGGAAGAUAAUACCACUUGCAUUGGAACUCUUGAUGAUGGUUCAGAUGAUAGAAGUGUGACAUCAUCCGCAAUGCAGUUGUCACCCUUGCUUGAUGCAACUAAGGACAAGGCUUUUCUGGCAAAGCCUGUUUCUUUUGUUGUUCACCAGAAUCUAGCCUGUUCAAACAAAGAGCUCGGUUCUGGUUAUGUAGGCGUUGCACCUGCAGAGAAAUUACAAGACUUGGAAGUUGCAACAACUGCUGAAAACCAGAUCAGAGAAGUUGAUAAUAUCAGAUCCAUUGGGAUCAAAAGGAAAGCUAGUCGAGACAAAGCAUCAUGUAACUCCCAGAGAACGAAGAAAGGAUGCCAACAGUCCAUUUUUGCUGAUAAACCGCAGAAUCUACUGCUGUUUGAAGAUAAGCGUUUUGAUGAUCCAAAAUGCUUGCAAAUGAAGUUCUUGAGUACACAUGGGAAUCUCCCAUCUAGAUCACAACUGUUGAAGAGAUUCAGCGUGUUUGGGAAAAUAGAUGCGUCAAGAACUGAUGUAAACCCUGAGGGAAGCUCUGCGAAAGUAGUAUUCCUGCAGAGCAUAGACGCAGUGACAGCUUAUCAAUUUGUCAAAAAGAUUAAGCUAGGACGGUCUAAGGUAGUAUCGGCUUGGUGCCUUUAAGGAAGACAUUGGAGUAAACAUGAAUGUAUAAAAUAACUUUGAAGAUGAAUGUGACUAUAGACUAGGUUUGCAUUA